AUGUCCCGGCGUGUGUUUGCUUCCGCGGUGCUGCUCCUCCUCGUCGUGAUGAUGUGCGCCGCCGCGGGGCCUGUGCAGGCCCAAAACUAUGGAACGAGAGUGGGCGAUUCCAGUGGAAGACACAGUUUGGAGCGGUUGCCAAGGGAGUAUCCAGUCGCAAACGCAGCGGCCGCUGGCCACAUUUUCCUCAAUCCCCAUCUUGUGAAUGUGAACGGGAUGCUGCUGGCCAUUGCUGGAGCUCAGUUCAAUAGAACUUUGGGGAGCGGGAAUGCGUCCAUGCAGUUGACGGCGCAGCUCAGCGUGAAUCGUGGGGUGAAUUGGAGUCCGUACCCGAGACCUGGAGGUAUUGAUGGUUUUGCUGCACACCCUUACUGGAUGUCGUUUCCCUCGUCUUUUGGACCCUUCGGACCGCUUUUUGCAUUUGUGGAGGGCUACGACUUACGGAACGGGGCCAGAAUUCGGUUUGCCGAUGAGUGGGGAGGAAGUGGUGUGGAGUCUGUUAUUCAUUUUCUGGAGACGGGGCCUGGACGAAGCGGAAGUUUGUCGAUGACUUCCGUCUCUAUGAGCAUUCGCCCUCCCUAUCCACAUGAAUCCGACGAAUUGAUUGGCUUCCUCAACGAUGCCAGUACUUCCAUCACGAAAAUGACGGAUGGCACGCUCGUGUUUCCCGUGCAGUUUCUGACAAUGGGAGGGAGCACUGCGUCCACAAUCAUGUACAUGAAUCCCGGUCAACAGCACUGGACCUUUGCGAAAAGCGCGACACAUGCGGGCUGCACCAACCCCAGUAUCCUUGAAUGGGAGGCUGGGAAAAUCAUCAUGAUCACCUCAUGUGAGUACGGUCGCCAAAGGGUGUACGAGUCGACUGACAAGGGGAACACGUGGACGGAGGCUCUGGGGACACUCUCGCGCGUGUGGAGCAACUCAUUGGCAGGUCUUGGACUCCACAUUCAGAGUGGACUCAUCACUGCAACUAUUGGUGGAAAGAAGGUGAUCCUCCUCACCCAGCUGGAAUAUCCCAGACACGACAGAAAGAACGAGAUUCGUCUGUGGCUAACAGACACCAACCGCAUUUACCAGGUUGGCCUGUUACCCACUGGGAAUAGCGCGACCUCCAGCUCUCUGUUGUACGCGAAUGAUAAGCUGUAUUGUUUGUACGAGGCCGGUGUUGGAAGCAACUCUGGAGCCUUCUUCCUGGAUCUGACGUCCGAGCUGCACUGGAUAUGGCGUGCGCUGGAUACUUGGGCCGCGAAGGACAAUGCCUUGUCGAGACAAUGCGGCUUAAUGGCCUCGGGCGCCGCGCUGUCAAGAGGGAACUGUUCUGUUCCUAUCCCCACGGCUGGGCUUGUGGGCCAUUUGGCAAAUAAUUCUCGUUUGGGCGAGUGGGAAGACGAGUACCUCGGGGUGAAUGCUGUUGUGAGGGGUGCGGCGAAAAAGGCUCCCAGUGGGUGGACGUUUGAAGGGCAAGGCGCGGGGGCCGAGUGGCCCGUGGACAAGCAGUGGCCGACCAGACCGCUCCACUUUGCAAACUAUGGGUUUACUCUUGCGGCAACGGUGUCGAUCCACGAGGUGCCGACGGGCAUCACUCCUUUGAUGGGCCUGAAGAAAAUGGGGAAGACAACACUCCUGGGACUGUCGUACGAUAAUAAUAUGGAGUGGAGCGUGGAGCACGGGUUGUACCCGAAUUAUUUUGCUAAAUGGGAGCUGGACAAAACGUAUCACGUGGUGCUUAAAAUGCAUGACGGUGUGGGCUCCGUGUACGUUGACGGGAAAUCCCUGUUGAAUUUGACCCUGCCUCGUCCUUCUGAUGAAUUAAUGGACGCGGUCUCACACUUUUAUUUUGGCGCGUACGAUGAGCAGUUGAGCAGCGGGAAAAUCCAUGCGACGGUGGCGAACGUCUUUCUGUACAACCGCCCGUUGAAUGAAACUGAGAUUGACGCCCUCAACGCGAAUAAAGUUUCUCUUCCAUUUACGGAAAAGAAGCCGGCGAAAGCGUCGACAGCUACUUCCCCGUCCGUUGAACCCGUAACCACUCCGGUUACCACAGAGACAAAGGCAACUGUUCCAGCGCCCACUCCUGCCGCACCACAGCCGACGGAACAAGUAACCUCGAACGGGAGCAGUGGUGCGAGCGGUGGCGAUGCACUCACACCAGCGGUGUCCAAUACCACGGCACCCACAGCAGAGGAGAGGAGCGCAGACCAGUCGGCAUCUGUUACAUCUUCAAGUGCCGCCAGCUCGGAGGAUGGCGUUUCCUUGUCUGAUGAUGCACAAACGGUGGAGACAGAAGUUGCCGGUAACAAGCAGGGAGAUCAACCAACCCAAGCCUCUGUGGGCAUCUCCGACGCAGCAAAUGGCGCAGCAAAUCCAAAAUCACAUACCGCUGAAAGCAAGGGGCAAGAAGAGCCCGCAGUAGCAACUGAGGGGGGCGUGAGCUCUGGUGAGAAUGAGGGGACGGCGGGAGGAGCUGAUGGGCAAGAGGAAGAUAUCCAGCCACAGGACGGGGAAGCAAAGGCUGCGGCACUCGGCCUCGCACUCAAAAGCAGUCUCGGAAAUUCGUCGCAGCGGGAUGACAGCGUUGCUGGCACCAUGCGUGAGAGCAGGGUGCUGCUGCCGCUGCAUCUUCUGCUGUUGGGACUGUGGGGCUUUGCGACUGUGUGA